GGUGCUGGGCAGGGUAGCUGCAGUUCCUGGAAGCCACAUGCCCAGCCCCACGGCCCAGAGAUGUGGCUGCUGCCGGGACAUCCAGCCCUGCUGCUCCUGGCUGGGAUCCUGGGUGGAGCCACUGCCCAGGAUCCCCGGUACCGUCUGGAGCAGCCCGAGAUCCUGGCGGCACCGACCGGGGGCUCCAUCACCCUGCCCUGCACGUUAAUCUACCCCCCCGAGAUCGAGCUGCUGCGGGAGGUCCGGGUUUACUGGAGGCGAGGGGGUUUCCAUGGCGAUUUCGUGUACAAUCACACUGAGGGGUUCACCCGCUGGGAUUACCGGGGCCGCAUCGCACUGGUCGGGAACCCGGGGGAGAGACCGAAGCGAACGGCCUCGAUCCGCAUCGACCGGCUGCAGGCGUCGGACACCAGCGAAUAUGUCUGCCAAGUCUGCGUGCAGUUGCAGAACGGCACAUGGAUCCCCUGGCGCGCUCUGCCAGGAACCCGCCUCACAGUGACAGAGGCAGCCUCGACACCGCACGACCCCCGCACGAAGCAGGCACCGAUGCCAGCCAAAACCCAGUUGCCAGCCAUGCAUGGCACAGCCCCCGUGAUAGGGGGGGUGCUGGCAGGGGCUGUCCUGCUGGCUGUGCUCAUUGGGCUGGCUGUGUGCAGAGCCCAGAAGAGAACAGGCUGCUGGCAGAAGCCCCCCCUGGCUGGGGAGCAGAGCCAGCUGCAAGCCGAGGGCGAAAGACAGUACAUGGAGAUCCCGAUGGGAGGGCCCAGCGUGUCUCCGCCCCAGUGCCCACUGGACCCCCAGGAGCCUGGCCUGCUCUACACUGUCUUGGCCUUCGCUGAACCUGGGAAUGCCCCGGGGCAGCCAAAGGCCCAUGGCCCCACCACGGGCGAGACCCUCUACUCAGCUGUCCGGGUCUGCUAGAACCAGGGCGGAGGGGGAGCCAGAACCUCAGAGUGGGAGGCUGGAGGGGGCCAUGGAGAGCCAGGGUCAGCUGGGGAGCAGAGCUGGAUUGAGAGUGAAUGGGAAGUGGUCCCCAAUUUGGAACUGGGUGGGGGUCACACCCCAGGGCAGCUAGGAUGGAUGUGGUGGGCUCAGAGGGGAUUUGUGAUGUCCUGUGUGGAGAGGUUUAGAAGGCCUGGGGAUCCUAUGUUGGGAGGUUUUGGGGGCAGAGCCAGGGAGAGGUUUGGGGGUAACUCUCUUCAGGACUUUCUCUAUGCUCUCCACACUAUGUAGGGGGCUGGGCCCAAGGCCUGUGGGGAACAGACCAGGCUGGCAGCUGGGAUCCCAUCCAGGGGGGAUUGUAACCCCUAGGGCCACAGGUGGUGUCCAUACGUCUGUGCUGCAGGGGACAGCACCUGUCCUGCUCCUUGCCCCAAUAAAGACUGUCUGA